AUGAGGGGGGGGGGGGUAUGUAAGGUGGAUGGAGGGAGGUGGAGUGGAAGCGGGGGUGUAUUUGAUGGGGGGUAUUUUGAGAAAUUGAGAAAGGGUAUAGUGUGGGAGUUUGGGGAUUGGGGGGAGGAUGUGGGGGGUUUUUUGAGGGGGUGGGUGGGGUGGGGGGGGAGUGGGGUUGGGUGGGGGGAGGGUGGGGAUGGUGAAAGAGAGGUGGGGGGAGGGGGUAAUUUGUAUUGGGUGGUGGAGGGGGGGGGGGGGGAGAUGGAAUGGGGGGGGGGAAUGGGUAGAGAAAGAGGGAUGGGGGGGUAUGUUGAGGUGGGAAGGAGGAGGGGUGGGGGGGUGGGUAUAGGGGGGGGGAGGGGGGGUGGUUAG